GGCCGCCGUUAAACGCCACAGAAGAAGAAGAAGAGCUGCAGGUAGCAAACAUGGAGGGAAACAGAACUCUUUACUGCACCGUGUUAGAUCCAAAGACUCAGAGUAAAUUUUUAUGUUACACACGUCGAAAAAUUGGAACAUUUAACGUCUGUUUGACAGAUGGUGCAGAUGUUUGGAGGACAGAAUACACCGAGGACACACUGCAGCACUUUAGACAGAAGUUUGCCUUGAACUCUGCAGAGGAUUACCUUCUAAAACUCAGGUCAGCUUGUGGUUCUGGGACCGUCUCGGUUGUGGUGAAUGACACCAGCACGGAACUCCAAAUGGGCUCUGCUCCAGGUGACCUCAGUCUGACCCUCCCCAGGCUGGAAGUCCAACAGGCAGCAGAAGAACUGAAGGAUUUGCUCUUCAGAAUGGCCGACAGCCUCGACCAGUCUGACAGUGGAUCUGCCUCCAUCAGUCGAAAGAAAAACCAGCAUUGGCAGGUUAAAGACUUUGAGCCACGGCAGCAGAAAUCUGGUCAGUCGGUGACGGUGAAGAAAAGACUUCCAGGAACUUCUCUCAUCAACCCAGGCACCAAGAAAAAAUGUCAAGCAACAGGCGUCGCCUUUGAAGCCGAUGACUGAGCUGUUGGGAUUUGAAUUGGUUUUUAAUUCACU